AUGCCAAAAGAUAAAACAAAGCGGAAAGCAAGGAACGAAUUACCUUUAGAAAAACGUUUUCAAAUCGUAGAAGAAUACGAAAAUGGGAAAGGAUUGACAGGAGUACGCAAACUUGCUGAGAAAUUCAGUUGUGGAAAAACACAAGUAAGUAACAUUCUGAAACAGAAGACUCUUGUAAGAGAGGAGUACGAAAGAGGAUUUUCCAGUACGAAGAAGCGUAACCGUACUUCACAAUACUCGGACGUGAAUGAUGCUGUAUGGGAAUGGUUCAAGAAGAACACCGAAAAACGCACUCCAGUCGAUGGUCCUAUUAUGCAGGAGUUUGCAAUGAAAGCAGCAGAGAAACUUGGCUACCCUGAGUUCAAGGCGUCAAGCGGCUGGCUUACGAGAUUUAAAGAGCGCAACAACCUUUCGCAACACAAACUCUGUGGUGAGUCUGCUGAUGUGCCAGAGGCUACAGUGUACUCUUGGAAAGAGCGUCUUGGGUCUAUUAUCUAUUAUUAA